AAUCCAUCCCAACAAAACCCUAAUCAGACAGCUCUGCAAUUUCCAACUCAUCAUCUUCAAUAAUGGCUCGUACUAAGCAAACAGCAAGGAAAUCAACAGGAGGAAAGGCUCCAAGGAAGCAAUUAGCAACAAAAGCAGCUCGUAAAUCAGCACCAGCAACCGGAGGAGUGAAGAAACCUCACAGAUUCAGGCCAGGAACUGUUGCUCUUCGUGAAAUCCGAAAAUACCAAAAGAGUACCGAGCUAUUGAUCCGUAAACUACCAUUUCAACGUUUAGUUCGUGAAAUCGCUCAAGAUUUCAAAACUGAUUUGAGGUUUCAGAGUUCAGCAGUUGCAGCUCUACAAGAAGCAGCUGAAGCUUAUCUUGUUGGAUUAUUUGAAGAUACUAAUCUCUGUGCAAUUCAUGCUAAAAGGGUUACUAUCAUGCCUAAGGAUAUUCAACUUGCUCGUAGGAUCAGGGGUGAACGUGCUUGAAAAAAAGGACCUCCUUUUAUCCAUUUCUGUGUAAAUGCGUUGAAGGUUUUCAGGAUUUUAGGAUCUCUGUGUUUUUAUUUUGGUAUUUUUAGCUGUGUGUGUUCUAAUGUGAUACAUCUAAUGAAAUUGACAGUUAUUAUCCCUAAU